AGUAGCUGGCUGAUAAAUCAUAAACACAGCCUAUUGAGAAUAGAAAUGUUUAAUAUCUUGUUUCUUCUAUUAGUUGGGUUUUGUUCUUCUGCGGCGUCGUUUUUAGCGACCAAUCCCCAGAACACUGAUGAUAUACAAUAUCUUCAUCUACUCCUGUCUGACGAGAAAGCCGAGAGAAUGAGACUUCAGACACAGGUUGAUAAGAUGGCGUCGGCACUGCAGACAUUGCAAGAACAGAUGGAGGAAAAACAAAACUGCGAUUGCUCCAAGAAUACACCAAACGUAGCUUUCAGAACUGAACUGAGUAAGGACCUUGGAUCUGUAUCAAGUAACCACGUGGUUAUUUUUGAUGAAGUUGACCUUAAUUUAGGCAGUGCUUACGAGCCGCGGCACGGAAUAUUUACUGCACCUGUCAACGGUACAUACCUGUUCUCCAUGGCUCUCGGAAACCCUAAAGAUCAUGCGGGUGCGUUUUUCAUGAAGAAAAAUAGCCAGACAAUUGAAUAUGCUAUUGCUGGACACACCACAGGUUGGAAUAUGGGCGGAGUCACCACUGUAGCAGAACUUAAUGCUGGUGAUGACGUGUGGGUUGAAGGGGAGGGGUAUAUUUCUGGUGCUUAUAGCCAUAUUAGGUACCAUACAGGAUUUUCUGGAAUUCUGAUUCAUGCGUACUGAGUUCUGUAGUAAUUAAUUAACUGAUCUGUAUUUUCAUUCUCCGCCGAAAUUGGCCGAGACUUGUAAUAGCCCCAUACCAGAUCAGCUAUCUUCAGACCUGGAUGAAAUAUUAGUUAAAUUCAGUCCAUAUUAAAAUUUGUAAAGAGUA